GUUUGGUUGCACGUAUUGGUGUUAUAGAAGAGAAACACGUGAGGGAAAACUUUGCAAGUAUCUGUAGUGUUUUUAUCUACUGUAUUCUGUAUUGGUGUAAAGACUUUUUACAUCUUAACAAAAGUACCAAACUUUGUAUUUGCAGUUCAGUAAUUGGGUAAAGUGAAUAUAGUAAUGUUUGUCACGUUCAGUCAGAGAUCAUCUCCACCCGGGCCAGACAUCCCCAUGAAAAAAAUAACACCCACCUCACCUCAUUCACCACUGAAAAGAGCUUUCACACCUGCAUCUCUGUUUGAUCUGAUUCCACUCCAGCUCCAGAAUCCAAACUAAAGACACAACCGAUCUGAAUGAGUGAUGAAAGAACAGAAAAGAGGUCAAGUCUGAAAGUUGAACACUGACUAAUUUUCAUGCAGUGGGAAGCAGUGCUGAGUUGUGCCAAAGAUAAGUUGAAAAGCGUGUGAAUCCGUCUGCGCGCAGGCGGGGGAGUGACGUCACGCGCAGACAAAGGUCCUGUCCCGUGCGGGUGUGUGGCACUCGGUCAGGCGGAGACGGAGAGAGGGAGAGACGCGCCAGCGCAGAGAGGCACGGAGACGCAGCGGAGCGCAUCCGGACUUUGACAGAUUAUCAAGCAGGGGAAAAAUAUCCAUAAACUCAUUUCAAACUAAAACUGGAGGUGAUUUCCAUUUUACUGGUGGGACAUAAAAUGAAAGGACUACCUGGCUUCAUGUUGGAGUCUUGACUUGAGGAUUGCGCAUGCAGAGUCUGCUGGAGAAACGGAAAGCUUCCCUGUUAUCGAACUUGAGUCGGACUUUCAGGGAUCAGUACAAGAGGGACUGGGAAACAAGAUUUGUAAGCACUACUCCCACCAUGGAUGAAGACCAGUGUUACUACAACGAGACCAUUGCCUUCUUCUACAACCGCAGUGGCAAGCACCUGGCUACGGGCUGGAAUACCGUCAGCCGGCUGGUGAUGGGCCUGGGCAUCACCGUGUGCAUCUUCAUCAUGCUCGCCAACCUUCUGGUGAUGGUCGCCAUCUACGUCAACAGAAGAUUCCACUUCCCUAUUUACUAUCUGAUGGCCAACUUGGCAGCUGCGGACUUCUUUGCCGGACUGGCGUACUUCUACUUGAUGUUCAACACCGGACCGAACACGAGGCGCCUCACCGUUUCCACGUGGCUACUGCGCCAGGGCUUAAUCGACACCAGCCUGACAGCGUCUGUGGCCAAUCUGCUUGCCAUUGCCAUAGAGCGACACAUCACAGUGUUCCGCAUGCAGCUCCACACACGGAUGAGCAACCGGCGCGUGGUGGUGGUGAUCGUCAUCAUUUGGACCAUGUCCAUAGUGAUGGGAGCCAUCCCCAGUGUGGGGUGGAACUGCAUCUGCAGCCUCAAGUCUUGUUCCAACAUGGCGCCACUCUAUAGCAAUUCCUACCUGGUCUUCUGGGCUGUGUUUAACCUGGUAACUUUCGUUGUCAUGGUGACACUCUACGCACACAUUUUCGUCUACGUGAGGCAGAGGACCAUGAGGAUGUCACGACACAGCUCUGGACAGCGGCGCAACCGAGAUACGAUGAUGUCUCUGCUGAAGACGGUGGCCAUAGUCUUAGGCGCGUUCAUCAUUUGCUGGACCCCCGGUUUGGUCAUCCUGCUCCUUGACGUCUUCUGCUCCAGCUGCAAUGUCCUCACCUACGAAAAGUUCUUCCUGCUUCUCGCGGAGUUCAACUCGGCCAUGAAUCCCAUCAUCUAUUCCUACCGGGACAAAGAGAUGAGCGCCACCUUCAGGCAGAUCCUGUGCUGCCAGCGGCAGGAGAACGUCAACGGGACGGUGGCAGAGGGGUCUGAUCGGUCCGCCUCCUCCAUCAACCACACGGUGCUGGGCGGAGGAGUGAACCACCAUCAUCACCAACACGACCACUCUGUAGUGUAAAU